AUGCUGAGACUGGAAAUGACAGAUGCCUUUCCCACCUCCGUCUCCGAAUACCUCCUCGCCAUUCCGUCCUCUGAUCCCAUCCAGGUCUGCCGCGAUGCCUCGGCCGAACCAUCUGCGAAGCGGCGCAAAGUCGAGACCCGCCCCGACCCUUCCCCCAUAUCUGUCGCAAAGAGCGAACUGUCGUUUUCUCGUCGAUGCCAGGAUAUCGCGUCGAUACACGUGUCAAGAACCAUCCAUGACGCCGGGUCUCAUAUAAAGUUUGGUCUGAGAGACGGCCUCCUAUCCAUCACCUCCCGUUCGCGCUCGCGCUCGCGCUCGGGCUUCCUCUCUACCUUGAUAUCCCUGAAACCUCAGGAUGCGACCGAUACCGCACGGGAUAUUCUGCAGUUCAACGGAUACAACUCGAAGCGCACCUCGCCCGGAUUCAUUGGGAGCGUCGUGGACAUGCAGAUUGAGCGCCAAGACAAGACCAUUCUGGUGAAACUCUUCUUGGAGCUGUUGUGGAACCAGACCCCAUCACCGUAUCUGCCGCUGGGCAACUCCUCCGACCGCAAGAUUACGCAGAAAGCUAUCAAUGCCUUCUUUCCCCUCCCAGAAGCAGCCGGGGAUGACUCGGCAUGGUCUCCGAUGGAUUUCUAUGACGCCGCGCACGUACCGCCCAAAGACGAUCACGCCCCCCGAGGAAUCGACGUCCCCGGCUUACAGGCCACGCUGUUCCCCUACCAGAAAAGAACCCUAUGCUGGCUCCUCGCUCGGGAGGGGAUGCAGUGGUCGGGUGGCAUUCUGGCGGAGGAGAUGGGACUGGGAAAGACCCUAGAGGUUCUGGGGCUCAUACUACUCAAUCCACGCCCAACAACCCUGAUCGUCACGCCGGAGUCAUUGAGACAACAGUGGAUGUCUGAAAUAGCACGCCAUGCCCCGACAUUGCGCGUCAUUCACUAUCCAGGGUGCAAAAAGACGCAGGAUGACGAUGUCGGUGAGGCAGCGAGGCAGUUGGCAGAGUACGAUAUUGUCAUCACCACGUACGCCCGGGCCCGCAGGUAUCAGAGGGCGUACCCUCGAACCAUGUCGCCCCUCGUCAAGAUAUCGUGGUGGAGGCUUUGUCUAGACGAGGCACAGAUGAUUGAGAAUGGCUACAGCCAGGCAGCCGCCGUGGCACGGGCGAUCCCUCGAGUCAAUGCUUGGGGCAUCACGGGAACGCCGGUCAAAGACGACGUCAAAGACUUGUUCGGCCUCUUGCAGUUUCUUCGCUACGAGCCUUACUGCUACGCGCCUCCGAUCUGGCAGGCGCUCAUCAAGCGUCACAAGACGAUAUUCCAGCAAAUAUUUCGCUCUGUUGCCUUGCGCCACACGAAAGCGUUGGUACGAGACGAGAUACGACUGCCGCCCCAAAACCGGUACGUCAUCAGCAUGCCAUUCACUGCCGUCGAGGAGCAACACUAUCAGUCCUUGUUCAAGGAAAUGGCCCAAGAGUGCGGUCUGGACUUGGACGGCGUCCCGUUGGUUGAGGAUUGGGACCCCGAAGACUACGAGGACGUCAUGAGGACCUGGCUUAACCGCCUGAGACAGACUGCGCUGCAUCCCGAGGUCGGAGUUUACAACCGCCGGAUCCUGGGCUCUGGCAAAGACCGGCCAAUGAGAACAGUCGAGGAAGUCCUCGGUGCCAUGCUCGAACAGAGCGAGAAUGCUAUCAGGAAUGACGAGAGGGCCUACCUUUCCAGCAGACUCACCCGCGGUCAGCUGUAUGAAAAUAGUCCUCAGGUGAAGGAAGCACUUGCCAUCUGGGAAGAUGUGCGAGACGAGACUGAGAAACUUGUGGCAGAUGCCCGCAUGAAGCUCGCGGAUGCCAUUCGGGAGCAAGGCGGCGACAGCGCCGUCGAAUCGGCUGAGCACGACGGCUCAGUGGACUCCUCAGAGUCUGAAAACGAGAAUGACGGAGACAGUAAUGGACGGAUUGGCGAAUGCCGGCGCAGACUGCGGUCAGCCCUGGAACUCCACCACAAGGCCAUAUUCUUCUGCGCCAACGCAUACUUUCAAAUCAGGGAGAACCCGGUCAUGACAGAUCCAGAGUCGGAAGAAUACGGACGACUGAAGAAGCUCGAGGACUCUGGGUACGAAAAGGCAAAGAUCAUCCGAAGGGAGAUAUUGCGCGAGAGCAAUCGCAAGGCCAGUCACCUCAUGGGAAAAAUUGAACAGGGCGCCCGUCGGCAAUCCUUUACCGAAAUUCCUGAGCUUAUCGUCAAGCCAGAAAAAGGGAUGGAGAGCUGCCGCAUCGUGGAUAGGUUAGAAGUGCUGUACGGCGAGCUGAACAUCCAGGCCAACGUGCUCGAUGAGUGGCGGGAGGAAGUCGUGCAAUUGCUUUUGCGCCCGCUUGUGGACGAAGAGGAGGACGUGGAGACGACGGGCGAGGAGUUUGCCGAUUCUGCCAGAUUCCAGGAACUGCUCUUGGUCUACCACCAGGCCCUGCGAACCGCCAUUGCCGAUCGCCUAGACGCCAUCUCUGGACAGACAAACGAGCUCGUUAGGCAUGAGGCCGAGUGGUCGAUUAAGCUCGCCGAGCAGGGAGAGGGGCCUGCGCCCGAGAAGAUGCUCGAGAUGCUGCAGAAACGAGCAGAAGUGCAGCCGAAGCUGGCCCAGAUAUCAAUGCGAGGGGCAAUCAGCGACUUUCGCGGCCUCCAGUCACGAGCGAGCGGCUCAGCUGCGCAGGGCUCGCGCGAGGCGAUCGAGUCACGGAUCGCGGCAGAUCAGCUCAAGGCGACGCAAAGGCAGCUCAACGAGCAGAACAAAGCUGCUCUGGCUCUGGAGUCCGAGAUUGAAAAGUUCAAGGCGGCCAUGAACACUCGCUUGGAAUACUACCGCCAGCUCCAGGGCGUGUCGGACGCCGUCCUGCCUUACGAAGGUUCCAAGUCGCAGGAGGCGGCCGCGAGCAUGAAGCAGGUGGAAGAGGACCUGCGCCGGAAGCUGUCAUCGGCACAGGCGAAGCACCGAUACCUUCAAAACCUGAAGGAGGCGGGCUCCAGGUCCAACGAGCCUCGCAUGUGCGUCAUCUGUCAGAUGCCGUUUGAGACGGGCGUCUUGACCGUCUGCGGCCACCAAUUCUGCAAGGAGUGCAUGGUCAUGUGGUUCAAGGCGCACCACAACUGUCCGGUGUGCAAGAGGGGCCUCAAGCCGUCCAAUCUACACGACAUUACCAUCAAGCCGCAGCAACUCGAGCUGAGGAGCGAGGACUCGGGCCAGCCCGCCGCGGGAGACGAGGGCAAAGGCCCUGGGCAGAAGCGAGAGGGCGCCGCGACGCGCAACACGGCAAUCUACUCCGAGUUCAACGCGGAGAAGCUGGCCGAGAUCAAAAACGUGGAGCUGGACGGACCGUCAUUUACGACAAAGGUGGACACGCUGGUGCGGCAUCUGAUGUGGCUGAGGGAGUCGGACCCAGGAGCAAAGUCGAUCGUCUUCUCGCAGUACAAGGAGUUUCUCGGGAUCCUGCGCAACGCCUUUCAGCGCUUCCACAUCGGGCACGCCUCCAUCGACGACGCGCAGGGCAUCGCGCGGUUCAAGGACGACGCCGCCGUCGAGGUGUUUCUGCUGCACGCGCGCGCGCACUCGAGCGGGCUCAACCUCGUCAACGCGUCGCACGUCUUCCUGUGCGAGCCCCUCGUCAACACGGCGCUGGAGCUGCAGGCCAUUGCCCGAGUCGACCGCAUCGGCCAGCGGCACGAGACGACCGUCUGGCUGUACCUCGUGUCCGGCACUGUCGAGGAGAGCAUCUACAACCUCUCGGCCCGGCGGCGCAUGGAGCACCUGCGCCGCGGCGUCGCCGCCGCCGACAAGACCAGGGCGGACGCCGACGGCGGCGGCAGCCUCGAGGCCGCCAACACGCUCGAGCUGGAGCACGCGGCGCUCACCCGCCUGAUGAGCAAGGACCGCUCCGCCGGCGAGAUGGUGGACAGGGGCGACUUGUGGGAGUGUCUGUUUGGGCACGUGGGCCGGCGCGCGGGCCCCGCGGCGGAGGCGCUGCGGCGGGCAGGGCGGCGGGGCUCGCUGCAGGAGAAGGCCGUCAUGAGCUACCUGGCGGGCGAGGCGGCAGAGAAACGGGCGCGAGAGGGCGGAUGA